ACUUGUAAAUUCAUUUCAACAAACAUUUGUUAAGAACAUAGGAAGUACUUUGUGAGACAUCUACAUAAAUAAAACGUUUACAAAUCUGUCAAAGAGUUAGUGCUUGUUUUAAGAGGUAAAAUAUAAUGAAUUCAAUUUUGUGCAUAUGUUGAUAUGAGAAGUUGCUGUUGUAAAAUUCAGUGUAAAUGCCCAGGAAUUAGAUAAAAUUGUGAAUCUGAAGAUGCAAAAGAUGAGUGGACCAGAAAAACAGAAUAGUUAGUUCUGUGUGCAAAAUUAGUAACUGAAGUCAUACAGGAAAAGGAAAUAUUGGAGAAAGCAGAUCAGAUACCUAAUUAGGAAACUUUGGAGAUGAAUGCAGAGUGAAAGGAGGAAAGAAAUCGAAGUUGCAGUGUGAGAAACUCUAGUGAAAAACCAACUAAAAGGAAUUAUUUAUGAAGGCAGAGGGCAGCUCCAGUAUAGGAGAUAUUAACCUGCUAUAGAGAAUUCAAGUGGAAAAAUAAUGUGAAAGAGACAACUGGUUUAGAAACAAGGAAUGUUUUCGUGUGUUUGAGAGACUAUUUUUAGUUGAUUAUUUGGAUUGAGUUUUAAAAACACACUACGUUUUUUAAAUACAAAGGGAAAGAGCCUGGUGUGGUCAUCAAAAUUUCUUUUAACAAACAGCAAAUGUUUAUUCAUGCUUUCUCUGUGCUCAGGAGAGUCAUUAGGGAUAUAACACAAAAACAAAACAACACAAUUCCCCCUCCUGAAGAGGUUUAAUAUUUUGAAUGCAUGAAUACUAGAACCAAAAUUUUCGUGGGAUGAGGGAAAGUACAGAAAUGAAUAAUAAAGACUGAGUAUAAAAAUAAGAAAUGGAUACAUUUUUAAAGAAUCACUGCAUAGGAGGUGGUAAAAGUGAAAUCAAAACUACAGGUGAAAAAAUAGCAUCUGCAAUGAAAGAGGGAGAAUGCUGGCUCUGGGGCGUGGGGAAGCAAAUAACAUUUGGAAAUAUAAGUUUUGAGAUGAAAGGAAAAGGUUUGAAUUUUAAAGUAUAAAGUCAGAUAAUUUAGAUAGCAUGGUAAAAAUGGAUAGCAGAACUGAACCUGUGGAGCUUAAACAAUUUUUUUAAAAGGGCGUUAGAGAUAUGAAACUUGCAUUUUCUAUGAACUCUUGGAUGAAGUAGGCAAUAAUUUGUUGCAGAUUUCCAACCUCCUUCUUAGCAUCCCAAUUAAUAAAGGGAAGUCCAUCUUUUACUUAGCCACUUUUUCUGUGAAUUUUCCUAUGAGAUUUGCAGUUUUUUGUCUUUGUAUAGAAGUAGAUAAAGUAAUUGAGAGUAUGGACUCUAUAGGCAAAUUGACUUGGGGAGAAAUUUUAGACUCAAUUGGAUAAACAGGAAAAACAUUAGAAUAAUGAUGAGACAUAAAAUAUUUGUGUUUUCUUUCAUGUCAUCAUAUGUUUUUCCUAAUUAUAUAUACCAGUAAUAUUGUUUAUAAAUAUAUUCACCAAAGCUUCCUGUCGGUUGAUUUUUAGUUUUCAUUUCACAGGUGAUACUAAGAAAAUAAGAAAAUGAUCAAUGAUAGCUACUUUGGUGGAUUUAUACUCCUUGGAUUCCCUGGGCAGCCUGAGCUGGAGACGAUCAUCUCUGGUGUUGUCUUUUUCUUCUACACUAUUGCCUUGAUGGGAAAUAUAGCCAUCAUCCUGCUGCCAUUACUGGAUGAAUGUCUCCAAACACCCAUGUACUUCUUCCUUAGAAAUUUAGCCAUCUUGGAUCUCUGUUACACCACAAAUAUAGUCCCACAAAUGUUGGUCAAUGUCUGGGGUAAAGAGAAAAAAAUCACUUUUGCUGGCUGUGCCUUUCAGCUUUUCACUGAUGUGACACUAUGCACAGUUGAAUGUAUGCUUCUGGCUGUGAUGUCUUAUGACCGAUUUAAUGCUGUCUGCAAGCCUCUGCACUAUAUGACCAUAAUGAAUCCCCAACUCUGUCAAGGCCUGAUGGCUAUGACCUGGGUAAUUGGCAUCAUUAAUUGCAUGAUACUUUCUCCCCAUGCUAUGAGUCUUCCUCGAUGUGGGAACCACCACCUGGAUCACUAUUUUUGUGAAAUAUCUGCAAUGGUCAAGAUUGCAUGUGUGGACACCACAGCCAUGGAAGAAACUUUAUUUGCAUUGUGUUUUUUCAUUUUCCUCACACCACUUCUUCUCAUUCUGGUCUCCUAUGGCUUCAUUGCUGUAGCUGUACUCAAGAUGAAGUCUGCAGCAGGGAGACAAAAGGCAUUUGGGACUUGUUCUUCCCAUCUCUUUGUGGUGUCUAUCUUCUAUGGGACUAUUAUCUACAUGUACAUACAACCAGGAAAUAGUCCUUCUCAGGAUGAGGGUAAACUUCUCAGUAUCUUUUAUUCCAUUGUUACUCCCAGCUUGAACCCAUUGAUUUAUACACUAAGGAAUAAGGAGUUCAAGGGGGCCAUGAAGAGGCUGAUUGGAAAAGAAAAAGGUUCUGGAGAAACAGCAGUACAUUAGUAUCUUUUUACAAAAAGUUUCCAAUAAAGAAAUUGGCCUCGUGUAACCUUUAAAUCAUAGUCAACUUACUGUAGUAGUAGUCAUCAUCUGAAAGUGAAAAUAAUACCUAAAAAUUUUGCUUAUAUUUUAGCAUCAAUGUCCCAAAUUCCUGGGGAUUGAUACUAAACUAAAAAUGUCUUUCAAAAUCACUAGUUGUCAUGUUUGACAAUCCUUCUACAGCUGCGGCAACAAAGCAGGCUCCACGGAGUCCAAG